AUGACCGACUCAACCGUCUUACUGGCCCCCUCAAUACAAGACAUGACAGUCGACGAGCUAUUCCAAACUCACCUGGUCCGCCUGAUUCAACGAAUCUACUCUGAAUACACGUCACAGGUCAGUAAAGCUAAGAGAGAUCUUCACACGUUAGUGGGUGAAAAAUACCGUGAUCUCAUUCGGAUCGCCGAAGAUGUGGACAAAAUGUGCGGAGAAUCUUUGAGUGUUGAUGCUCGUUUAUCUGACUUGUCGUAUCGUCGCUCUACUCAUGUCCAAUUCGGAUCAAGUGCAGCUUCCCGGUUCGCCUCAAAGUCUCGAAGCAUACAAGCAGAGCAGGCUCGCAACUUGCUGCAGACAACAAUAUUGAACAAUAUCAUCAACAACAAAAUCAUUGGCUUUGAUCUUAAGCUAAAGACGAACAGCGUGCCUAGUACAGCAGCCCUUGUGCAUUUUGCAAAGUUGUACCAUACAGUGUCGUCUGUUUUCCAGCAAACUUUCGAUUCUCAUCCACAUAUUUUGGCCAACUACACACGCCUUCGAGCAAACUUCAUUGCGUUCUUGGAAAAAAGAUUGGCUUCGAGCAGUUUCGACUCCGAUGAUGGCGACCUUGCAUCCGCUAAGCUCCUUUUACGUCCAUCGGCUUCUUGGGUCGAGUUGGAUGCACUAGACCUUUUCGAUGAAUCUUUUGACGAAGAAGAUUACGAAGAAUCGAGUGACUGGGACAGCCUCGGCCAGCAAUCCUCGGGGUAUGCUGUGCAAUCCCUGCCAAUCGUCAAUAUUUUGGUUGCGUAUAUCAUAGUUACGUCCAAUGAUAAACAACUCAAUUCCACCAGCAAACUUGCAGAGCAUCUCAUUGAUUUGAGAUUUCAAUACUUUGUUCAACAGCUAGACGAGUUUGCUACAGGAGAUCGAAGCCAACUAGAGAAUGUCAAUUUCUUUCUCAUUUUCUCUUACAUCGAAAAAACAUGUCGUAUGAUCCAAAAUCAUUUGAUUGGAGACAAUUUCAGAAAUAUAAAUUCGCGACUCAAUGGUCUCAAAACUUGGAGUCCUGUUGACCUAAUUGGUUUCCACAAUUGGUUGGAUACAAAAGUCGUCCAAUUCCCUCUGGAGAAUUAUAGCGCCCUUGAUGAAGACUAUUUUGGACUCUCAAAAUCUUCCCUUGCUGGAUUCGGUUCACAUCUUCAAACAUUCAUGACCCGUAUUCUGGUUAGCCUUACCAGCAAGGACAGUAACGAGCCCACUUCUAAAUUGAAAUUACUCUACAACUCAAUUGCUUCUUUGCGGAAGGUAGAGCUUCUCUCAUCGCAGAAUGAUACAGCGGCGGUAUCAGUGCUUUACUUUUCCCAUAUACACCUCGCAUCCACAUUCAUGAAAGAGAUUUUAGCUUCUGUUGAGCAGUAUGUGAAGGAAAAACAGUCAGAACUCACGACCGAUAUUUCAACCCUUCUAGCAAUUCCCCCUGCCGCAUCCAGAAAUUCAGAGCCCUUCACAUUGGACUUUGUUAACUCGAUCGAUAUUGACAUAUCAAAUUACAUUCAAACAGUGAUUGAGAUUGCAUCACUCAAUGAUUCUCUCAAUUCUCACUCUACCUCUGUUUCGACUUUAUGCAAGUUGAAGAGAUGGUUUUAUUCGCAACGCUCAUUAUUGGAGCUAUUCUCUGCAAAAUCAGAUAUUAGAGAGAAAAUUCAGAGCGUAUUUACAAAGUCAUUCAGAGAUGGACCAACUUUUGAUGGUUGGGGAGACUUUAGCCAAGCUCAGAUCGAGCAAAGUUUCGAGACUCUUUCGGCAAAUCUCAAAAAGUCCGUGGUAGAUUGCCUUUUGUCGUUCAAGCAAUCUUUAUCAGAGAGUCUAUUGUCCAUCCCCGACCAUAAUCCUGUGGAUUCCGUUCAGUUUUUACUCAGUGUCAUACUCAUCUUACGUAAAAACAUAUCGGUGCUCAAUUUGCCAGAUUCAGGUGUUCUUCUUGAUUUCGAAGAAGAUGCUUGCAGCCUUUACGAUAAAAUUUUUGAAGCGCUCCUACCCGAAGAAGAAUCUGGCAAUCAAUUUUUUACUGCAUUGUCAAAACCCAUGUACGUUUCACAAACCAGUGAGGGCGCAACCCUACCUUCUGGACCUCAUAUGUAUGUGUAUUCAUUCAUGAGUGAGCUAGCCUCGAGGAUGUUCAAAUCUUCACUCUUUUCGGAAGGUGAAUUGUACACAUUAUAUUCCGACGACGAGGUGAGAAGCAUUUUCGUGAAUACAAAAAACAAAUGGAUCAUGAGAAGAUUGCUCGGAAACUUGAGCUUAGACCAGCUCAAAUUAGUUCCUGGACAAGAAGAUUCAACUUUGGAGGAAAGCAAAGAGCCAGGUGAAGUCACGGAUGAUCUGACCCUGGGCGUGCAAAAAUUAACUGAUGAGGUGUCGAGUACAGCAGAAGACGGGGAUACAGCUGGUGUUCUUCAAAGUUUCCCAGCUCGUCAAUUGCUAGCCAAUGUUGCUUUCGUUCUUCAAUUCACAUUAGGUGAUGAAAAGUUAACUGCAAAUGAGCAUUUUGUUACUUUCUCCGAAAAGUUGAUGCAAAUAAGUGAAGGCGGUUCGCUUGAUGAAGCAUCCAUCGAGAAUAUUUUGAGGAGUGUCUCCAAUUUCUAUCAGUCUGGACGGGAGACAUAUAUGCCAUUGCUGCUCAAGUAG